AACGAAACUGAUAGACACAGAGACCGAGAAUUUGGAAAAACAAAACUCACAGCUCAGCCCCUCCAAUCUCCAUGCAUAAUUGCAAAAUAUAAAAUUAAAAUCCCAUCAUAUAAAUACCCAUUUCUUUUAAAUAUUUAAUCAAAACUUAGAUCUUUCACUAAUGGCGUUAAUUAGAUCCAUUAAAAAAAACUUAGGUAGAAAAUUAUCCUUCGAAAUCCUAAGCGAGACCGGCAGCUCUAACGGCGACGACGAUGAAUUCCUUCUCGACCAAUCAAAUUCCGUUACAGAUAACAGUAACGGUAUUAGUAAACCUAGCAAUCGGAGAAAGAAGAAACACAAGAAGAAAAAACCUCCGUCUCCGUCUGUUAUACCGGAAGAUCCGAUCGACGGCAGCUUCUCCGAUUCUAAUUUGAUUGAAAAUGGAGACGGGAGACAUGAUUUUUUGAGUAAUCAUAUCGGAGGAGGAAGCAGUACGGUGUGUAGUACAGUGAGUGAUGUGCCGGAGAUUUUGGAGUUUAAACAGAGUUUGUUUAAUCAUGAUAAUCGGAGAAACAGUGGCGGUGGUUCUAGGGAGUUGAGACAGCGGAAUGUUAGCUUCGGCGGAGAUGAAUCGGUUACGGAGGAGAAGUCGUCGGUAUCUGCAGCGCAGGAGGUUAUAACGGCGCCGGAGAAGGAACGGAGUAGUGAACCGGUUGUUAACGGAAAUGUUGACGUUCCGAUGGCGAAAUUAGAACCGGCUGAGUCAUUGGAUUGGAAUCUUCUCUUGGCUCAAGAUCCUAAUUUUGUAUUUACUGUUGAUAAAUCGCCGGUAAAGUACUUAAUGGAUGAGAUGUAUAAAGGGAAUUCAUUAAGAAGCACAAGUACUCUUGGCAGUGAGAAAGAAAGACAGAAAGUUUAUGAUACUAUUUUUCGAUUACCGUGGCGAUGCGAAUUGCUUAUAGAUGUUGGGUUCUUUGUAUGUUUGGAUUCAUUUCUAUCACUUUUAACUAUCAUGCCAACUAGGAUUUUUAUGAUCCUUUGGAGGUUUUAUCAUACCAGGCAGUUCAAGAAGCCUUCUGCAGCUGAGCUCUCUGAUAUUGGCUGCUUAAUAGUGUUGGCUUCCGGUGUUGCACUUUUGGGGCGCACAGAUAUCAGCUUGAUUUAUCACAUGAUUCGUGGUCAAGGAACAAUCAAACUCUAUGUAGUUUACAAUGUUUUGGAGAUAUUUGAUAGACUGUGCCAAAGUUUUGGCGGGGAUGUGAUGGAGACUCUGUUUAAUUCUGCAGAAGGGAUGGCUAAUUGUUCAGAAGAAAGCACAAGAUUCUGGAUUUGGAGAUUUAUCUGUGAUCAGGCUCUAGCUAUGGCUUUUUCCAUUCUUCAUUCUUUCAUUUUAUUAGUUCAGGCAAUCACUUUAUCAGUUUGUAUUGUUGCACAUAACAAUGCCUUGAUGGCGUUGCUAGUAUCCAAUAACUUUGCUGAGAUAAAAAGCAACGUCUUCAAACGUUUUAGCAAGGAUAACAUUCAUAGUCUUGUAUAUGCUGAUUCGGUAGAGAGAUUCCACAUUUCAGCAUUUCUCUUAUUUGUCUUAGCUCAAAACAUUCUGGAGGCUGAGGGUCCUUGGUUCGAGAGUUUUCUUAUUAAUGCUAUGACGGUCUUCCUGUGCGAGAUGUUAAUUGACAUCAUCAAACAUUCAUUUCUUGCCAAAUUUAAUGACAUAAAGCCCAUUUCAUACUCCGAAUUUCUUGAAGAGCUUUGCAACCAGACAUUGGAUAUUCAAACUGGGGGAAAGAAAAAACAACUCACCUUCAUUCCUCUGGCUCCAGCUUGUGUGGUUAUACGAGUGUUGACUCCGGUUUACGCUGCUCACCUCCCCUGUAGUCCAUUCGCAUGGAGAUUCUUUUGGAUCCUGCUUUUGUGUUCAAUGACCUAUGUUAUGCUAACAAGUUUGAAGGUCAUGAUUGGCAUGGGACUACAAAAGCAUGCGACUUGGUAUGUUAACAGGUGCCGAAAGAGAAAACUCCAUUUUCACUAUGAUUAAUUAUACAAAGAAGAACCACAUAAAUACUCCGUACAUGUCCUGCAUGGUUCAUCUUGCUGUCGAAGAGCAUUUUUUCUGCAUUCUGCUGGAGGCGUAGGCCUGCAGUUGUUUGCCUUGUACGAAAGGGCGACAAAUCUUCGGUCAGCUUAAGGUAAAGAUACCGGUCAUCUAGCCUGUCAGUUUUGAGUUUGACGGGGAUAUUCGCCUAUUCGGUUCGAUUUUGUUUGCAAAUGAAGAUCAUUUGGUUAUUGAGAUAAGAGGAUUCAAGUUCAAGCCUCCUAAAUCUAUCAUGUAUAGUAUUCCUUCUGCUGUUGCCUACAGCAGAAUAAAUUAGUGUUCUAGACUAAAUCUGCUCUAUGAAAAAGAUGAAGUUUCUUUUUUUCAAAUGUAUUAGGAAAAAUAGUUUAUCCCCUGUUUAAUUCAACAAUUUUGUACUUUUUUAUUUUA